AUGGUGUUUUUUGGCUACAUGGUGUUCAGCAUAGUGCUUGGGCUCCUGGCCGACAGGUACGGCCGCUGGAAGAUCCUGCUGCUCUCCUUCCUCUGGGCAGCCUAUUUCUCCCUGCUGACCUCGUUUGCCCCAUCCUACAUCUGGUUUGUGUUCCUGCGGGCCAUGGUAGGAGGUGGUGUGUCGGGCCACGCACAAGGACUUAUCAUAAAAACGGAAUUUUUGCCCACCAAAUACCGGGGAUACAUGUUGCCUCUAUCUCAGGUGUUUUGGUUGGCAGGAUCCUUAUUAAUCAUUGGCCUGGCAUCAGUGGUGAACCCAACCAUUGGCUGGCGGUGGUUGAUCAGAAUUGCCUCCAUCCCUGGCAUCCUUCUCAUCCUGGUGUUCAAGUUCAUCCCAGAGUCAGCACGGUACAACGUGUCCACGGGAAACACGGAGGCUGCGCUGGCCACGCUGCAGAGGAUAGCCAGGAUGAAUGGGGUGGCCAUGCCAGAGGGGCAGCUGAGGGAGCCUGCCAAGGAAAGAAGGGGAAGAUUCAAGGACCUCAUCCACUCCAAAUACCUCAGAACCACUUUGCAGAUAUGGAUAAUAUGGCUCGGCAUAGCUUUCGCUUAUUACGGUGUCAUCUUGGCCAGUGCUGAGUUGCUGGAGCGGGACCUUGUCUGUGGCUCUGCAGCCCCACCGCUGCAGGACGACUCCAGCGAUGACUCUGAGGAGAGCCACAGCCCCUGCCACUGCCACUUGUUUGGGCCUGCUGCCUACCAGACCAUGAUCAUCAGCACAGUCGGGGAGAUCGCACUAAAUCCUGUGAACAUUCUCAGCAUCAAUCUCCUUGGAAGACGUCUAAGCCUGUGUAUCACCAUGGGAUGUACAGCUCUAUUCUUUCUUCUCCUUAAUAUCUGCACCUCAAGUGCAGGCAUGGUUGGCUUUCUCUUCGUGCUGCGUGCCUUGGUUUCAGCAAACUUCAACACCAUCUACAUUUACACAGCAGAGGUUUAUCCCACCACAAUGCGAGCGCUGGGGAUGGGGACAAGUGGGUCAUUGUGCCGUGUGGGAGCAAUGGUGGCUCCAUUUAUAUCCCAAGUUCUUAUGAGCGCUUCUUUCCUGGGGGCCCUUUGUCUCUUCUCUUCUGUGUGCAUCAUCUGUGCCGUUUCUGCAGUCACGCUGCCCAUCGAGACCAAGGGCAGGGCCCUGCAGGUGGGUACCACCACUCCAGGAACUCCUGUGCGUUGUUGGGAUUGCUAGGGACUGGUAGGUGAUGAUGCAGCCAGAAUCCAAACCCAACUCUU